AUGAUCCACGAUGUCUUCACGGUGCGGCCCUAUUUCCGAGCCAACUCUAGUACAGUAUUUCAGUGCUCUCUUUUCAGGGUUUCCGAAAGACCAGAAGCAACUCAAAUCUGUGACCUGUCUGAGAAUUCAGAUAAAUCAAGUGCCGAAAGUGAUUCGGAGACUGAACCUGAGCAGGCCUCAGUGUAUCACAAACUGCUGGCUACAUUGAAGACCUCUCCUGAGUCUGAGAGUGAAGAUGAUGAUGAUGACGAUGAUGAAAGUGAAUCGGAAGAAGCUGGGGAAAGUGGCACAGAAGUGGACAGUGAAGAGUACCAAGAGAAUGGAGAAGCAGAAGGUGGUGAAGAAGAUGAGAAUGAUAUGCCAGAUAAAGAAGCUGCAGCAGGGCAGACACUUGGUGAGGAGCAGGCUGAUGGUGCAGACGUGUCACAUGACCCUAGACAUGGAGUAAUUGAGGAGUUCACUGAUGUGAAACAUGAAUCUGAAUUCAGCUUGGAAAACAAUUUCAUGGAAGAGGAGAGUGGAGAUCACGAUGCAGAUGAGAGAAGGAGCAGCACCACACAAGCCUCUUCAGAAGACCCAUUUAAGCAACAUAUGGACAAAGAAAUGGAAGAAAAAGAAGUAGAAAAAAUGUCUACACUUUCUAAGUCUUCAAGUCAAAUAAAGUGGCCAAGGCUGGGCCAGCUAACUUUUUCAUCCACUUUGGAGAAACAGAAAACCUUAAAGCCAGACAAAGAAGUUGAUAUGAAGCAGCUUCAUCUUCACAAGCCUUUAGAGGUCACUUGGCCAAAAGUGAACAAACAGUUGCUCUCCUCGCUGAACAAAUCGUAUGAUUCCUGUUUUACUCCGCUACAAAGAGAGCUCUUCUGCAUCAUGAAUACAUACAGGGACUUGUUCUAUCCAGAAAGCACUGCUUUAACAAAUGGAGAAGAAAUUCGCCUUGCUUAUUGCCUGCAUGCACUGAACCAUGUCCUGAAGGCAAAUGCCCAGGUGCUUAGCAAUAAUGCUAAACGAAGGGACCGAAAGCCAGGGAUUGAUACUGAUGAAUACAGAGAUCAAGGACUCACUAGACCUAAGGUACUGAUGGUGGUGCCCUUUCGGGAAUGCGCGUUGCGAAUUGUGCACAACCUCAUCAGUCUCCUGGAAGUGAACAGUGACAAAAAAAUAGAUGUGAGCAAUAAGAAGCGCUUCAAGGGGGAGUUUGGCUCUGACCCAGAAGAGAAGCCCCCCAACCUGAAAAGACCCGAAGACUAUGAAGCUGUCUUUGCUGGCAACAUCGAUGACCACUUCAGAAUCGGGGUUGCGAUUCUCCAAAAGAGCAUGAGGUUGUACGCGCCGUUUUACUCCUCAGACAUCAUCAUUGCCUCUCCCCUGGGCAUGAGGACUGUUAUUGGCGCGGAGGGAGAGAAGAAAAGAGAUUUUGAUUUUCUGUCAUCUAUAGAAAUUCUCAUAAUUGACCAAGCAGAUAUUUACCUGAUGCAGAAUUGGGAACAUGUUCAGCACCUGAUGAAGCACACGAACCUCCUGCCUCUGGAUUCCCAUGGGGUAGACUUCUCCCGAGUGCGCAUGCUGAAUCUCAAUAACUGGUCCAAGUACUACCGUCAGACACUGCUCUUCAGUGCUCUUCCAGAUCCCCAGAUUAACUCCAUCUUCAACAAGCACUGCUUCAAUUACAUGGGCCAGGUAGCCGUCCGGAACAUACCGCAGAUCGGCUCCAUCAGCCAGGUUGUGGUGCAGCUUCCUCAUGUGUUCCGGAGGCUGGAAGUUGAGAGCUUAACUUCAGUAAUAGAUAGAAGGUUCCAGUUCUUCAUUGACAAAGUUUUGCCUGAGUACCGUGACGCCAUCAUGUCGCACACACUCAUCUAUGUUCCAUCAUAUUUUGACUAUGUGCGUCUUCGAAAUUACUUCAAGAAAGAGGAGCUGAAUUUUGUCCACAUUUGUGAAUACACUAAAAAAGGUGGCAUCUGCAGAGCCAGGCGUUUCUUCCUCAAAGGAGAAAAGCAGUUCUUACUGCUCACUGAGCGCUUCCACUUUUACAAAAGGUACACAAUAAAAGGCAUUAAGAACCUCAUUUUCUACGAGUUACCAACCUAUCCCCACUUCUACAGUGAGAUUUGUAAUAUGAUGAAGGCUACAGACAGUGGAGUGGAUGCCACUUGGACCUGUACUGUCCUCUAUUCCAAGUAUGAUGCUCAGAAAUUGGCUGCUGUUGUUGGCAUAGAUCGCACAGCUCAAAUGCUACAGUCCAAAAAAAAUGUGCACCUCUUCAUUACAGGAGAAAAUGAAUAAACAACUUUGCAAUCUAGAGCCUGGGUGGACCUGGAUUUUGCUGCCUUGCAUCUGGAUAAGAUACUUUUUGAUGCUGCUUUUUAACAAAGUGUUCAUUUUCUAUUUCUUUUACUAAUUAUCUUGUUGAAAUGCUUCUUUAUAGUAUUAAAAUUUAUUCUAGUCCAACAUGAAAAGGGAAGAUACUAUUCAAAAAAGCAGUAGAUGGCCAGUUUCUUCUGUGUGUAAACAAAAUCAAUUCAAAAUUCCUCUCCACUGACUUUUGUGUUUAAACUCACUGUUCGGUGAAGAUUGGUGGUGUUAAGAUGCCUUUUGAUUUGAUUCUUCCUCUUUUCAGGUAUAGUAAACUUGCCUCCUUUCAUCAAAGGCACUUUUCCCUUUUAAUCCGGGGAAGAAUUUACCCCUUGCACAAUAAGCAGUGCCUCAGUAAGGGAGGUGCAGGUGAAGCCUCAGCAGCCCCCACAUCCUGAUGAAUGAUGUCGAGCCAUUUGCCUCGGCUCGACCGAUGAACGUGCUCGGGUGGCAACUGGUUUGGCAUUUUUCCUGAGCAACCUAAAUACAUCUGCCUGCUAUUUAAAAUACUUAUUGCAGUCCCACUAAUGGGUCGGUUUCAGUAGAGAUACAUAUGUGGUAUUUAUAUA